AUGGCCAAGUCUACUCCCAAAUCUCUCCUCUUUGCUCUCCUUCUUGCCAACUUGGUUCUCCUUGUCCUCGGCCAAGGCACACAGUUCAUUACAGGAGUAUGCUCCAGCGAUGCCGAUUGCGCCUCCGGAUGCUGUGGGUUCAACACCGGGAAAUGUGCAGGCGCAAUUGUCGCCCAGGAACGUGACGGCGGCUGCGGAUUUGGUGAUGGGCAGCCAAACAGGAACGCGGCCGAUGCUCUAGUUGGGAACAACGGGAACAACGGUAACAAUGGUAAUAGCGGUGCUGGAGGACAAGCUCAAGUCACCCCGGGGUCUCAGUUCAUUACCGGCUCUUGUAACAGUGAUGCCGACUGUGCGUCUGGCUGUUGCGGUUUCAACACUGGCAAAUGCGCGGGUGCCAUAGUGGCCCAGGAGCGUGAUGGCGGGUGCGGAUUUGGUGAUGGGCAGCCCAAUGAUAAUGCAGCCCAGGCGCUGCGGGGCAACAAGAGGAGAUUUGCGUUUACUUCUUAA